AAAUAUAAUUUUAAGUUUACAUUUUAAAGAUCGUUUUAAAAUAAUUUUUUUGAAAAGUAAAUUAAAUACUGUAAGUAAAAUACAGGGUUGGUACAGAAAACAAGAAAUUUAUGAAAGCAAUGACGUUGAUCGGUAUUAUAAAGUUCCAUCAACACGCAUACUAUUUCUAUGAAAUUACAUGGUUAUAUAAUUGUUGAUAAUAUCAUUAUAACACUGUAAAAUUUUCAACAAAUUUAAUAAUAUUAAUAUAAGAAGAAAAAAAUGUUAAUUAUAUGAUUUAUUCAACUAAACUUCGGAUUUCGUUGCAUGAUUGUAUUAUAUAUUAUCCUCUUUCUUUAAGAUGAUUAUCCCUAUAGAACAUAGUCCAACGUUUAUAGUAAAAUAAAAACUAUGAAAGUGUUUUAUUUCUAUUUUAAAACUAAAUCUGAAAUAUCCUUACCAAUGUUCUAUAUUCUUGAACUUUCACAAUUUUCCUUUCCAACAUUAUUGUAAAUUUUCAUAAUACAUUUAAGUUCAUUACAUUAUAUUAUCGUCUCAACACAUUUGUUUCAAUGCUGGAUAAGUAGCUUUUACUGUGACCAAUUGUCAUAAUAAUGUCACUAUUGGAAUAAAGAUGUUCUUCGCAUUAUUUGCUCAUUUGCCCAUAAUGUUUACUCGCUUUCCACUACUUUGAUCGUAUCGAUCAAAGAAAUUCAUUGUUAACAUGCAAUCGCAAACGUGCGAAAUUUCUGUUAGCAGAACUAGCCUGAGUCAAUGAUAAUUUAGCUCCUUGCCUAAUCGAGUAACAAGACUCGAGAAUUCAUUCAAAUAUUUGAAUACUUCAGCGAUAACUUGAGAAAGAUACCUUUGAAAAUUUCAGCCUACUCUAAACUAUUUCGUAAGAGUACAUAUUUACAAAAAAAAGAGGAACAACAUAGAUGCUAAAACUAUGACCACCAAACUACCAUAACUCUAUCAAUUCGUUUCUGUUCUUUUCCAAAUUUCCCCCAAUGUAAAAUCCCUUCUUCUCCCACUCUUCAAGGAAAUGCUCCCGAGAGGUGCGUGGCAAGAUAAAGAUAUUUAACUAUAAACAAUCACUACACCUAAAUAAACGUGUCUUAACAAUAUGCAGCUCCAGCACGGAACAUCCUCUCCUCCAGUAACCCGUUGAAACAAUAUUUUAGGGUGGCGUCAGAACAGACGCAAAUUUCAUGCAAAACACCUGCUGUUUUUACAACUGUCCGGACAUCAGUAUAUAACCGCGAAUGCCGUCCGGAAUUGGCAUCAAUCAGCGAAGCUGCGUCGAAGAUGAAGAUUCCAGCAAUACUGGUUACGUCUCUGCUGGUCUGGGGUGGUCUGGCCGAGGGCCACGUGGUAAAGCGUGAGAAGGAGCUCAAGCCAUCCGCGCCUUCUUUACCGGAACUACUCGGCGAUGGGUCUGACGCGCUCGGUGCUUCGAUGGAGAACGGGAUCAAAGUCGCCAGAGCAGCGCAGAAUGUGGGCCUGAGCAUGGAGUUGAACGCAGCCGCGCGGGCUGCAGCCGCUGCUGCGACCAAGCAGGCCAAAGACACAGAGGCCGCGCAAGCUGGAGCGAGCGCUGCGAUUGCCAUCGCUAUCGCCAAGCGUGAAGAAGCUAUCAAAGCGAGCGAAUUAGCCAGCAAGUUGUUGACAGCCGCGGCUGGGUCCAGCGAAGCCGCCAUGUCAGCGACGGAGAGGGCGGCGCAAUUGACAGCCGCAGCUAGUGCAGCUGCCAAAGCUUCUGCAUCCGCCUCUGAGGCUUCUGCUGAGGCCCAGGUGAGGGCCAACGCCGAAGCAAACAUCGCCAAGAAAGCUUCGGCAGCUGAAGCGAAAGCCGCAGCGGAAGCCCAGCUUAAGGCGGAACUUGCCAAGAAAGCUGCUGCCGGUUUAUUAGCUAAGGCUAGACUAGCGGCCAGCGCCGAAUCCGAGGCCACUAAACUCGCAGCCGAAGCGGAAGUAGCACUGGCCAAGGCCAAAGCUGCCGUCGACCAGUCACAGAGCGCACAGGCAACCGCCACCGCUCAAGCUGCCACUGCCGUUCAGCUGCAAUCUCAAGCAGCUAACGCGGAAGCCUCCGCUGUAGCACAGGCUGAAACUCUGCUGGUUACGGCGGAAGCCGUCGCUGCCGCGGAAGCCGAAGCCGCGACCAAAGCUGCCGGUUGGGCGAAGAAAGUCAUCAACGAGAAAAAAUUACGUUUAGCGAAGAUUGAUUUAUUUGUACAACUGCAACCCCCGGUAUAUAACUGGCGCGUGCCGGAAGAAUCGGCAUCAAUCGGCAAAGUUCCGUCGACCAUGCAGAUCCCAGCGAUUUUCGUCACGUGCCUGCUCACAUGGGGCCUGGUGCACGCAAGUAUCCUGGAACUUGGUGCUCCCAAACAGGAGUCUGUCCUCGUGGAGCAGCUCCUACUGAAGAACGUGGACACUAGCGCGAAGCGAAAGGAGAACGGUGCUCCGAAACUCGGCGAGAGCACUGCUGCCGCUCUGGCUAGUACCAAGGCAACUGCAGCCGCAGAGGCCAAGGCAUCCAGCAAAGCGAAAGCUUCUGCCUCGGCCCUCGCUGAGGCUUUCCUGCGUGCAUCGGCAGCGUCUGCUGCUGCUGAGGCCAAAGCUGCUGCCGCUGUAAAAGAAGCAACGCAGGCACAGCUGCUGGCACAGGAGAAGGCUUUGAUAGCAUUGAAAACUCAAUCUGAACAACAAGCUGCCUCCGCUCGCGCGGACGCUGCAGCUGCCGCAACCGCAUCCGCGCUACAACGCGCCCAGGCCUCCUCCAGAGCGGCCACGACCGCUCAAGAUACCUCCAGCGAUCUGGAGAAACGUGCCGCCACCUCAGCCGCCGCUGAAGCAGGUGCCACCCUCAGAGCGGAACAAUCCGCCGCGCAAUCGAAAUGGUCCGCCGCAGUAGCCGCCCAAACCGCCGCUGCUGCAGCCGCUACGGAAACGAAGGCCACCGCUUCCUCAGAAAACACCGCUGCCGCUACUAGCAAGGCCGCCGUGUUGGCCGCUGACGCUGGCAGCGCAGAAGCUGCCGCUGCAGCAGAGGCACAAUCCGCUUCGCGGAUCGCAGGUGCAGCAGCCACUGAGGGAUCUGCCAACUGGGCUAGCGAGAACUCGCAAACCGCACAACUGGAAGCUUCCGCCGCAGCGAAGGCCAGCGCAGCCGCAGCUGUCGGAGAUGGAGCUAUUCUAGGACUUGGACGGGACGCUGGUGCCGCGGCUCAGUCACUCGCUGAAGCUAAAGCCUUAGCUGAAGCUAGUGCCAGCUUAGGUGCUUCAGAGAAGGACGGGGAUUCGAUGAAAUAUUGGAGCAUUGAAUCAUUAAAUGAUAGACUCGAGAAAGUAGCAAAUAAAAAAACAACAUUUCGAAUUAAUGAAGAAUACCAAGCACUCAGCAUAGGCACGCAACAAUGUUUUCACAAUUGUCAAUGGCCGUAUAAAACGGGCAAAUCGUGUCCCAAUCGGCAUCAAUCUUGCGAAGCAGCCUCGAAGAUGAAGAUUCCAUCGAUACUCGCGGUGUCCCUGCUGGUUUGGGGUCUGGCCAGCGCAAGCAAACCAAUCAUUGCCAAUGCGCAAGUAGGGAAGGUCAAGACCGAAGCGUCAUCGUCUUCCGAAAUCGAGACGUUGGUGUCAGGAAGCCAGACAUUGAUAUCAGGAAGUGAGACAUUGGCUUCAGAAGACGAGACAUUGACGUCAGAAACCGAGAUAGCGAGCGUGGCAACUGCCACGAAGGACGAGCUCGUACUAAAGGGUGAAGCCAUCCUUGGAAAGAAACUAGGAACCGGGGCGUCGGAAGUAGCGGCGGCCUCUGGCGAGGCUAUCGCAACUACCCUUGGCGCGGGACAAGCUGCAGCAGAGGCACAAGCCGCCGCCGCUGCGCAAGCAAAAUCGGCAGCGGCCGCUGCCGCGAAUGCAGGUGAAUCCACCAACAGUGCUGCUGCGUUGGUUGCUGCUGCAGCUGCAGCACAAGGAAAAGCGGCUGCCGCCGCAGCAGUCGCGACGAAGGCUAGCUUAGAGGCUGCAGAGGCUGCUGAGGAAGCUGAGUCGGCCGUGGCCUCGGCCAGAGCUGCUUCCGCAAAGGCGGAAGCGCUUGCAACGAACGCCGCUGCUGCGAAUGCUCGUGCUGCGCUCCAAGCUGAAAAAUCGAACGAGCUAGCGCAAGCUGAGGCUGCAGCCGCCGCCGAAGCCCAGGCUAAAGCCGCCGCUGCUGCCAAGGCAACACAACUCGCCCUUAAAGUUGCCGAAACUGCGGUGAAAACGGAAGCAGAUGCAGCAGCUGCCGCCGUUGCGGCCGCAAAAGCCAGAGCAGUCGCAGACGCAGCCGCAGCUCGUGCGACCGCAAUGAACGCCAUUGCUGAGGCGGAAGCAGAAGCCUCGGCACAAGCAGAGAACACCGCUGGUGUAGCACAAGCAUCCGCCUCCGCUGCUGCGGAAGCACAAGCUUCUGCAUCCGCCGCUGCGGCGACUUCAGAAGCAUCCGCCGAAGCUGGUGCAUUGGCAGGAGAACUUAAGUUACCUCCGUUGUUACGUCUUUCCCCACCGAAGAAGGAAAUCAUCGAAGAAUGGUCAGUGAAGAGAGGUUCAACAUCUUCAAGCAGAGUAUAUUCUAGAAUAGAGCAGAAGCAAAGGAGAUGAUUAGAGACACCAGUUUAGUAAAUGCGAAUCGAAAUUGUACGGAUGACAUUAUUAAAUUGUUCUAGCAAAUGA